GCUGCUGGCCUUGCAGCCUCCCUUCCCCUCCUCCUCCUCCUGCUCCAUGCCCCUGAAGGCGGCGGGAGGGCCUCUGCUGCUGGGCCAUGGCGGCGGCGGAGGAGGAAGAGGCAGCACCUCCAGCACCAGGCGGGGAAGAAGAGGAGGACGAGGGCGAGGAGGAGGAGGAGGAGGAGGAAGAGGAGGCCGGCCAGGGACCCAGCGACCCCUCCGCCGCCACCGCCAUUGCCCUUGCUGCCAUUAAGACUGAUAAUCGCCAGAUGGAAGAGGCCCAGUGUGUUGCCUCUGCAGUCUCAAGCCUUAUGAGUCCCACAGCCCAGCCUGCCACUGCCAGUUCAAUCAAUACCUUUGCGGUAGAGUUUCCAAGAAAACGGAAAGGAAGUGAUUCUGAUAACCAGUAUGCAUGUGACAUUGAUGUUGAUGAUCUCCAGAGCAGGAGUGAAGAUGAAGAACAUGUAAAAAUUAAAUAUUUCAGGGAGGCUCAUAGUCAAACAGAGAAAAGAAGGAGAGACAAAAUGAACAACCUGAUAGAAGAAUUAUCUGCCAUGAUACCUCAGUGCAAUCCAGUGGCGCGUAAGCUAGAUAAACUUACAGUAUUAAGAAUGACCGUGCAACAUUUAAAAUCAUUGAAAAGUUCUUCUAGUUCUUACUCAGAAAUCCGCUAUAAGCCUUCAUUUUUACAAGAUAGUGAACUCCAACAUCUAAUCCUUAAGGCUGCAGAUGGGUUCCUCUUUGUGGUUGGAUGUGACAGAGGCAAAAUCCUGUUUGUUUCAGAAUCUGUUUCCACAAUACUUAAUUAUGACCCAGCCAGUUUGAUAGGGCAAAGUCUUUUUGACUAUCUUCAUCCAAAGGAUGUUGCCAAAGUGAAGGAGCAACUUUCAUCUUCAGAUGCUUCACCAAGAGAGAAAUUAAUAGAUACCAAAACUGGUUUACAAGUUCACACGGAUUUUCAAGCAGGAUCCUCUCGUCUGCAUUCUGGUGCUCGGCGCUCAUUUUUUUGUCGAAUAAAGUGUACAAGAAACACAGUCAAAGAGGAAAAAGAAUCGUUGCCAAACUCAAAAAAGAAAGAUCAUAAAAAGUACUGUACUGUUCAUUGCACGGGGUAUCUGAAGAACUGGCCUCCUAAUGAGGUGGGAGUUGAAGAGGAGAGCGAUGCGGAAAAAGGCAGCAGUAACUUCAACUGUCUCGUUGCAAUUGGCCGACUACAUCCUUACACUGUUCCACAAAAAAGCAAUGAGAUAAAAGUCAAGCCAACAGAAUUCGUAACACGUUUUGCCAUGGAUGGAAAAUUUGUUUUUGUAGACCAACGUGCAACAGCAAUUUUAGGAUAUUUGCCACAAGAGCUUCUGGGAACUUCUUGUUAUGAGUAUUUCCACCAAGAUGAUCACAGUCACCUAACUGAAAAACACAAAGCAGUGCUGCAGAGCAAAGAAAAAAUAUUUACAAAUUCUUACAAAUUCAAAGCAAAGGAUGGCUCAUUUGUUACAUUAAAAAGUCAGUGGUUUAGUUUCAUAAAUCCAUGGACCAAAGAACUGGAAUACAUUGUUUCAAUCAAUACAGUUGUUUUAGGUCAUAAUGAAUCAGGUGAAGAAGCACUGCUGCCCUGCAGUUCCCUAUCUUCAGAAGAUACACCGAAGCCACCAUUUCUCAGUGUACCAGGGAUGUCUACAGGAACUGUACUUGGGGCUGGAAGCAUAGGAACUGAAAUUGCAAAUGAAGUCUUAGAUUUACAAAGGUCGCAUACUUCUCCGUCUGCCAGUGAUUUAAGCCCAUCAGAUCUUAUGAGAACGUCUUCUUCCCCAGUUUUAACAGUAAACUGUAGCAAUGUGCCAAAUAAAGAACUUACACAGUUAUGUCCUUCAGUUAUAGAAGAUUUGGAAACUUCAGGGCAAAAUCAGGGCACUGUUUCAUUUCCUACCAAUGAGCCACUUCUCAGCGAUGCUUCUCAGUUGGAUUUUGAUGCAGUAUGUGAAAACGACACUGCCAUGGCUGCUCUUAUGAAUUACUUGGAAGCUGAAGGUGGGCUGGGUGAUCCAGCAGAACUCAAUGACAUGCAGUGGACUCUCUAGUUUUACUCAAGUGAAGAGGAGCAUAUGUUUCUUUGAUGCAUAGAGUAAUCAUUUAUCCUCAAGUACUGUAUUAGUGGUACCUUUUAAGGCUUUAAAUACAAUAUCUAUUUUUGAAAGACUUCUGCCUUACUCAUAAAGACAUGGUUUUGGCUGCAUAUAUUUAAAAGAUGUGAUAUUUUUUAAAACACACAGAACCUCAGUUUUCUUACAUAUGUUGACUGGAAUGCUUAAAAACAUGGUUAUAUUUUUACUAAACUCUUUUAAAGAGAAGUUACUGUAAAAUGGGCUUAGGGAUUUUGUUCUCGGACGUUUCUAUCUUUGAAAUAUCUAUUUAUUGGUGUUUUUGCUAGUUGUUCCUAAUUUAUUAGUGUUGAUUCUUAAAAGCAUACUGUAUUUAAGUAGGUCUAGACUUUGUAAUGUCCAUUUAUGUAAAAAUUCUGGUCUAAAAUGUUUUAUUUUAUUGUUUGACUAUAAAACCUGGGAUCAAGAAACUACCAGUAGACAUUUAUAAAACUAAAUAGUCAUCCAUCAUAUUGUUCAGGAAAUAAUUCAGUAUAUUGCCGAGUACAAGGCAACUACAGGGAACUUAAACAACUGAACUUGGUACAUUUUCUAGUGUUUGAAGCAAUAAUCUAGAACAUGAAGCACAAGAAGGGAUGACAUUAAAUCAAUAUAUAAAGUAUAAAGUAUACUGUCAGUGACUGUGUAGUGGAAACUCUUUUAAGAAGCAUCAUUGGUAUAGUUGUUAAGAGCUUUGAGAUGUAAAAGAUUGGAGUAAAAAUAAACCAGUUGAUUAAAAAUUAAAGGGCUUUUUUCUGUCAAGUUUGAGGGGGGAAUUUUUAAUUUUUGUGUAAGACACUUAUAUAAAAAUAGUGCAUAUGCACUACUGGUGUAGCUCUUGAGCACCUGUGUAUUUUUUUAAACUGCAGUGUGCAAAUUGUACCUAAAGGUAUGGGCAAUAGCUAGCCUUAGUCCUAAAGGGGAAAAGAAAUAUUAGCAUACUGAGGACUGAGCUUAGUGUUUUUUACAGUGCAUCCCUUUGUAGAAUGAUUCAGAAAUAGGUUUUGAGUUCAGUGAGACUAAUUCUCAGAUGGGACUGCAAUAUCCUUUCCACCAUCAUUGAAUGCUGUGAAUAUAUUAGACUUGGAUGUACUAAUGCAUUUAGAUAGAGGCAUGCUUUCCUCACCUAAUAGCUAAAAUAUAAGGAAGGCUCUGAAAGCCCACAAAACAUAAAGUACUGGCCCAAUGAGAUAGUUAAGUAAUAAAACUUGAAGAUGCUGUUAAUUCAUCUACUGAGGUGAACUUUGUAAUAUGUUUUAAAAUUUUAGUUUAAUAUAGGUACAGUAAUAAUUUUUCUAUAUUUGAACAUUAAAAAUAGCUUGGUUAAGAGUAGUGUGUGUUAGAUUAAAACUACUGCAGAUUUAAUGUGAAAGUGUGUCUGGGAGAAUUCCUUCAUUCAUUAUGAAAUUGGUACAUGCACCAUGUACAAUACUCUGCAUUUAAUUUUCCUCUGACUUCACUGUCUAGAAAGCCACCCAGUUUCAGUGUAUAAAUAACUAAAAUUCUGUAUUACACUUUAUGUAUCUGAUGAGAUUGAAUAUAGUCUGUAAAAUCUAAUACUAUAAUAAGUAUGUUAAACGUUAAGGUGCUAUAGCGACUCUAAUAUAUUUGAUAAUGUUAGUGUUUGUGGAGCCAUUUAUGUAUCCUCACAGUUUGUACAUGCAGUUAAAAAAAUGUUCACCUUUUCCACUUUACAGAUUCUGCUGUAAGUAUACAUUCUCCUAACUGCUAAUUAUGUAAUGCUUGAAGCAACCCUGAGAGUGUUUGCUUCUAAAAUAAUUCUAGGAAAAGCAAAAAGCUGAAUCAUGACUCUAAAUGGCCACUAGAUGACUCGCUACUUCUGUUACAGUCGUACACUUUAUUUUGUCUUGCAACAGUAUUGUAUGGGUUGCAUUGAUGUUUAUAAUACAGAUGUCGGAUAGAUGUGAGGAAAAUAUUUAACAAUCAUGUGGGGGAUGUUUUAUGUUUAGACGAUGGCAGUACGUUAGUCAGUGGAUGUUAUUUUUCCAGCCUGUCUUUCUUCUGUUGGUGUUUUGUUUUACUUUGAAAAGGAAAACGGGCCAAAAUCUUGUCAGUUUGUCAAAAAUUCACGUAAGAACUUGCGGAUGCUGUAAAGCUGAAUGUGGCUCAAAGUGUAGAGUUGCUUUCAACAACGGAGAGUCAGUAAACUACAUCCAGGCCCUUAAGGGACGUUUCCUCUGUGACCAUUGUCAAGCAAGAAAUAAAAGAGGGUGUGAAUGAUAGACAAUUGCUGUAGCAAGAAGAUCUGGCCAAAGGGUUGCUAUUGCAAUUUUGUCCAUUCCUCCCUAAUGUUUUCUUCAUCUUGCAAAUCUAGUUGCUUUCUAGAGGUGUAGGGUAAUGAAAAAAGUGUGUUACUCAGAUGUAAACAGUGGCAAGCCUAUUAUAUCCUGUCCUGUGCAGUCAUGGACCAAUAUUAAGAAAUAUGUCAAUUGGGCCUGAAACAGAUGGCUGAAAUUAUAUGGUUUUCCGCUGGGUUUGGGGCAUGGCGUUUAGAUGAUGAAUUCCUAAACACAGUGGGAAACUAUGCCAGACCUGCAUCAUCGUGAAAGAACCAGGACAAAAAGGAGCAGUAAAAUACCGUUCCUUUUGCCAGUUUGGGCUGUGUGUAUGUGUAUGGUUACCAUGGCCUUGGCAUGGCCCUGGCAUGUUUUUUUCAGCCUGUCUGUUUUGGGCCAUGGACACUCACCAUUUUGGAUAGUUUCUUAAAAAUCUGAAUGCGGUAAUUAAUACUGUAUAUUUUAAUAUAGGGAAAGUUAGUAUCAGGAAACUAGCAAACACUUACUCGUCCUAUUCUAUUUAUCCUAAUCUGUCUUAUUUAUCUGUACACUUGCUGGCUGAGUGUUCAAAAAUUCUAAUAGAUGGGCUAAUUAAGUCUUCUAAUGCACAUUAGGCAUUGUCAACUGUCCAGAAAAAUAAUAGGUUGGGAAAUUCCUGUGACUAUUUGUGCAUCUCCUAUUUUAUCCUUUUGAAGGUAAUUCCUUUGUGGAACUAGCUUGUUUUAAUAGGGCAGAGCUUUCCAUGAGCAACAUGAACAGUAUAUCUGUGUUUAUGCUCACUUUUAAAAUUAUUUCCUUGUUUCUACCAAUUGAAAAGUGUACUGAUUUUUUUCUGUUUACCAAUUUCUACUUUUCACAAUACAUUUUGUAAGUAUUUAUGCUAAUUAAUGGGUAGGGAAAUUCAAAUAUAUUUUAUACAAAAAUGUC